AGACCGUGUAAGUUCUCGGGAGCGUUUGCCGCGUUUUUGUCUGGGAUAUUACACUCUUCUCUUGUAAAUUCAGUAUACCUCUUCUCCGAGGAGAUAGCAAAUAAAAGACAAGAAGAAGAAGUUCCGUAUACAUUUUUUGUAACUGCGAAUAUUGUGGGAUCUCCGUAACAAAGCAAAAACAAAAGAAGCAAAUCGGUAAAGGUCGGCCAUUGUCCAUUUAGUGGGAGUCUUUCUCAUCAAGUUUUGCAGUAUUCGAUCACUAUAAAGAUCGAAAAUCUCAUUGCUGGCGUUCGUGGUCACAUUUAUCGGCAAGGCUUCGUCAUUUAUUGGCAAGAAUCGUCGUUAUAUUUCUAGUACGAUGGAUUCAAUAGAAAUAACAUUCCCAGAGUUAGAACAACCUGUAUUGUUCGAUACAGAAGAAAUAUUCCUAGAUGGACAACACCUUACUAGAUUUGAGUGGAUAUUGAAAGAUUGGACGCUACUUUACGAUACCUAUGCAAAAGGAGUAUCGUCCAAUUUUUUCCAGCUCCGAGGUCUAGAUGAGUGCCUCUGCCAAAUCACGUUUAGUCCGAAGAACCAGGAAAAUUUUUUUGUUAUUGAAUUUUCAAAUACCGACAAUAUUCAAGCAAUGAGAAUUGUCAGCCAUAUGAAUGGUGAACGUUUACUGGACUGUUGUUAUUUACGACCAGUUCCAACAACUCUCCGGCGUCUAGGAAUAGAUGUAAACGAAAAAUCUGACCUGUUUGAUUUUCUAAAAGUCAAUUCCCCUAACCGAGAUGAUAAGUCACUAAAAUUUGAAGUAUAUUUUUUCAUCACGAAAAUUCUCGAAUCUAGAAGUCCUUCCUGUCAAAUAUCACCAUCCAAUACUGUCAGUUUGAGAGACAUGUUUGAAAGUAAGACACUCGGCGAUGUAACUUUCGUGUUCGACGAUAAGCAAUUACUUGCUCAUAAAUCUGUCCUCGCGGCAAGGAGCGAAGUUUUUCAAGCCAUGUUUUCAGGCGAAAUGAAAGAGAAAGAUACAAGCAGGGUCGAAAUUGUUGACACAAAAGCCGAAAUCUUUGAGGAAUUUCUCAAGUAUUUGUACAUUGGGGAAUUGAAUGAUUUCAACAAUAAGAUUGAAGACAUGCUAUUGUUAUCAGUAAAAUACCAGGUUUGCGAGUUGAAAGAAAUGUGCGAAGAGUACAUGUUGAAAAAUGUUUAUGAAACAAAUGCUGUACAAUACCUUUUUAUUGCGAAUAAGUGUCAUUGCGCCGCAUUGAAAAAAAAAGCUCUCAACAUCCUUGAAAACAGUUCACGUGCAUUGAAACAAGCAAUCAUGUGUGAAAACGCAGAGGCUUUAAUCAUUUUGAAAGAGAUAUUAGCCGAGGAAGGUUCCCCAAACGAAAGUGAAACCUAAGUGGAAAUUACGAAAUAAUUUUUUUUUCUUAUUUU